GUUUGACGGACGCGUUCCUCAGCCAAUGAAACUGAAAGGACGUCGUCGCUCUCGGCCAAUCGGCUUCCAGGAAAGGCUCUCAGCUGCAUCUAUCGGAGAAGGGGGAGGGGCGGUGACCUGUGUGUGAUAGCAUGACGGGAAGGUGUAGUGAAGUUAGCAAAAGUGGAAGUGCUUGAGAAUUAAAUAUUUGUAUUUCGGGGAGCCUGCUGAAAUGGGGGUCGAGGUAGAUUUUAAUUUGGCUGACGUCUUCUCUUACGAAAGCCUGGUUCACGCCGUAGCCGGAGCCAUGGGCAGUGUGACGGCCAUGACAGUCUUCUUCCCCCUGGACACGGCCCGCCUGCGCCUGCAAGGUAACACUCGCACAGCACCCAGGGGUCCCCAGGCCAGCGGGGUCGAGAGGUCACGCAGUACCCCGGGGGUCCCCAGGCCAGCGGGGUCGAGAGGUCACGCAGUACCCCGGGGAUCCCCAGGCCAGCGGGGUCGAGAGGUCACGCAGUACCCCGGGGGUCCCCAGGACAGCGGGGUCGAGAGGUCACGCAGCACCCCAGGGGUCCCCAGGCCAGCGGGGUCGAGAGGUCACACAGUACCCCGGGGGUCCCCAGGCCAGCGGGUUCAAUAGGUCACG